CACACACACACACACAUAGACACACACACACAGACAUACACACACACACACACACAUAGACACACACACACAGACUAGUGUUUCAAAAAGGGCAGUAAUGACUUUAUUAAUAUGUGCAGCACAGAUAAAGCAGAUUGUUUCGAUUGUUUUCUGGUGUUUUUCAGAAAUUAUGCAACUUCUUCUACAGUUAGGGCCAAAAGUAUUCAUACUUCCAGCAGAUUUAGAUUCAAGGUGACCUUUAACCUGGAAGUAAUACUAACUAAACUUUGAUAUGUUUUUUCUCAGUUUCUGUUUCACUGUUUCUCUUCUUAAUGAAGCCGCUAAAGGAGCUACUCCUGAAAUUACCUCUCUAGAAACUGAUCCUGGACCAGUUCUUCCAUUUCUUUUUUGCGUUUUUCCUCUCCACUGUCACCACAUGCAUGCUUCAUGUGCCAAGCGGACAGUUUGAGGUUGAAAUAUUUCAGUGCGGUCCUUUGUUUUCCCUCAGCUGCUCCCAGAGGACCCAAGCUGUCCACCAGACCCAGUAAGGCCAAAGUGGGAGACACGGUGCGAAUUUCCGUCCAGGGUUUCCAGCUGGGACCGUCUGCUACCAAGGUGUUCCCGGAGCCUCUGCUCACCUGGACUCGGGUCGGCGGGAACCUGCUGGACGGCAGCGAGAAGCACGAUGGGAGGGAGCUGGUUCUGGAGCGGGUCCCCGCCGAGCUGAACGGAUCCAUGUUCCGCUGCACGGCGCAGAACCCUCUGGGCUCCACCGACACACACACCCGCCUCAUCGUGUUCGAGAACCCAAGACUGAAGAAAGGAAGAGAACAUUUUAUCGCUCUGAACGCAGCGGCCUCUCGGAUCUCCCUCGUACUGAACCUCCUGGUUCUGCUGGGCCUCGCCUGUGAGCUGACAUGAGCCGAGCGCCGCGGCUGCAGCAGAACUCCAGCUGGGAGCUUCACCUCCGCCAGGGAGACCGGACCCGGAGGCUCAGCGGACUCAGUCGGGUUCGGCAGGGUGUGUGUCCGGGAACGGGCGCCGGUCCGGCACACGGAUCUGGGCAGACGGGUUUUCAUUCUGGACGACAGCCGGAUCUCAACUUUGGUCAUUUUUUCCAGGAUAACUGGAUGUGGUUGCCAGAUCUGACUGACAGUUUCCAGCCCAAACAGAACCUAAAAUCCGGUCAACUUCAAAAAAACAGGCCCAAAUCUAAACUUCUGUUGAAAUGCAUGUUAACAUUACCACACAUCUCUCUCUCAUAUAAAGGCUUGUCGGGGGG